AUGGUUCUUUCUUGGAUGAUAAAGACUCUCUCUCCAGAGAUUGCAGAAAGCGUAAUAUACGUAGAAGAAGCCAAGGAGCUAUGGGAAGAGUUGAAAGAAAGAUUCUCUAAAGGUGACUAUUUCAAAAUUUCUGGUCUACUCCAAGAUAUCCACUCAAUUAAACAGGGAGAGAGAGGUAUUAGCCAAUUCUUCACAGAUUUAAAAAUUCUUUGGGAAGAAUUAGAAUCCCUUAGACCUAUACCCACUUGUACCUGUGAUAUUCCCUGCAGCUGUGAGCUUUCAAAGAUUUCUCUGAAGUACAGAGAAAUAGAACAUGUAAUAUGCUUCUUGAAAGGACUGAAUGACACAUACAAUACUGUAAGAACCCAAAUCCUUUUGAUGGAUCCUCUCCCUAACAUCAAUAGAGUUUUCUCCCUCAUCAUGCAACAAGAAAGACAAGAAAGACAAGAUUUGGGCACUGUCAGUCAGAGCCAAACUACUGAAACCAAAGUUCUGGCCAGCACUGCUGAAAGAAACAACAACUGGAAAAGCCAAGGACGUGGUAAUGGACCACGUGGUCAAGGAAGGGGGAGAGGAAGGAACCCUAACUAUGGAAAACAGUGCUCCUAUUGCAAUAAAAUGAAUCAUACCGUUGAUGAGUGCUAUUCCAAACACGGUUACCUCCCUUGGUACAAGAAACCUGACAACAAUCCAGACAGGAAAGGAGACUGGAGCUCUGCUAAUGUUUGCCAAAACAGAUCUGGUCUAGAGGGUGUUCAAUCUGCUCACCAGGUCAGCACCAAUGCUGCCCUCAAUUCCUUUACCCCUGAAUAG